AUCGAUAUCCGAAAUAAAAUAGGCCUUCUCGAGCUCUCUCUCGAGCUCUAUCUGCGAGCUGCCUGCGCUGCUAUGCUAUGCAUGCUGCUGACAAAUUGCUGAUGACGUCAUCAUCAUUGUCAAGGGAAGCUUUCGCUUGGUAACAAGAUUUUUCGUGCAAAGAUUAUGCCUAAACGAUGGUGUUAUAUUUUACUCUGAUGAUGUUACAUGACUGAUCAACCAUGGCAAAUAAGAGAGGAAGAGAACCAUCAGCAGAUGGCACUGAUAUCGACAAAAUUCGUGCAGAAAUCGAGCAAGAGAAACAGAUGAGUCUCAUGCUUGAGAAUUCAAUGCAAGAGCUGGAAACAACUAUGGAGGAAUUGGAAAAGAGAUAUGAUUGUAUUUUGGAUGAAGGUAAUGAAUGGAAAACAAAGUUUGAGACACAGGAAGAAUUCAAUGCUCUUCUUGAAAAGCAGUUUCUCUUUCUCAAAGACAAGCUUGAGAAGGCCAAGGAAAGCGCCAAAGAUGGAUUCAGUGAUGAACUGAAGGCUUUCGAUGAACUCUCAGAGGCAAGCUUACGGAAAAUGGUGAAAGAACUAGAACGAGAGAAAAACAGUCUCAACAGUCAGCUGAAGGACUAUAACUGGAGAUUAGAUCAAGAAUCAAAGGCUUUCCAUAAAGCUAAUGAAGCUAGGAAGAACUUUGUGACAGAGCUAAGGAAUGCUCGGUUAGAAGAAGACAAGUUCAAGCAAAGCCAGAAAAAGGGCAGUAACAUGAGUACCCCAAGAGAUAGUUAUAACAGUACACCUGCGAGCAGAAGACUUGGUAGAAAUGUACCCGACAAUCAGAGGAUCAUUGAUCCACGGAGAGGGCCAAUCAGGAAAACCGCUGCCGUUAAGAAACUCCCUAAAUUGGACACAGCAUGAGAUUGAAAUUAAGGCGAAGGGAAGACCAAGACUAGGGUAAACUAUCCCAAUAUCAUAACCAAGUAGUGCUUGCAAAACCUCAUAAAGUCACUGAAAUCUGGGUUAGUAUUCACAACAAGAAUUAUUGAACGGAUAAUUCUGCCUAGAUUGACUCACUUUCGACCAAAGAAAUUGAGUUCCAAAAAAUUUGACUUAAAAGAGCUGAAAAACAUAUUUGCAAGAUAUGGGCCUGUAACAUAAAGUGUAGUGAUCAAUCAUGGGGCUAAUUUUGAUGAUUGAUCAUACAAAAUAAUAUUAAUGCAAUCAAUUUUUGAAAUCAGCUCCACAAUCAAUAACUAAGCUUUAUAUUACAGGUCCCCGGUCUGAAAAGUGCUUUUACUCAAGGCAAUUAUUUGUUUUACGGAAGGUCGAUGAACACAGACCCAAAUGUAUAUCAUUAGGUUGUGCCAAUUAUGACUUUGGCCUGUCAAGGGUUUAUUAAAGGCAGCUUAAAACCAUGGGGAGAAUAUUUUUUAUAGUACAUUUUAAAUGGUGUUAUGCAUUAACCUGCUAUGUGUUUAUUGUUCAUAAAAUUGUUAUUGGUUCACAAAUCAUGAGUAUAUUUUGAAAGGAAUAUAUUUGUAUAUUGUUGAAAAUUAUUUUGGCGAAACAGUCCAAAAGAUUUCCAAUUCAGGGUUUUUAUGAGAAAAUAAUAUUUGAUUUGAAUUGGAGAAUUAAGUUAUUCCUUGCUGAUACCAUUCUAACCCUAAUAGCAACUCAUAAAGAAAGCAGAAAAUUCAGAGGAGCAGAAAAGUGAUUUUUUUUUAAUGAAGAUUGACACCCCGCCCCCACUAGAAAAAGAAGGAACAGAAAAGAAUAAAACAAAGUUAUCCAUUUUCUCAAGAUUUGUGAUCACAUUGCGAAUUGCAAGUCUUAGCUGUAGUAUGGGCAAAAAGUUAUCUUUUUCUGGCAUGGUCUUAUUGUACAUUUACUUUGUAUUUUGUCCACGACUCAUGUCACAAUUCACAAGCCACAGUUUGCACAGUACAGGCAACAUUUCAAAUACAUGUAUUCAUAACAUCCUUAAUUAUUUUUCACAAAUCUCCUUCUGUGAAAUUUCUACUUUCCUUUAAAUGAAAUAUGUGUCAUAUAUGUACAAGGGUUAGAUUUGUUGCUCAGUCACAUCUCAUUAAUGUCUGUACAGUACAUGAAAUAUAAUUUUCUAUUUGCGUAUGAAUGUGUCAGCCUUGGAAAUUGACUAAUUAUGAUUGUAUCUGAAAUAUUUGAUCUUUUUUUUCAUGUGUAAUUAAUAGAUUAUCUCUAGAUGGAUGGCACUUUACAGCUGCCUAUUAUUAUUAUUAUCUGUUGUGAUCCGUCUUCUUUGAAUGUUUCAUGCAAGUUUGUAUGCAGAUAUAUAGUCGGGCUGUAUUAAAGUAGAUUAGUAUGUCUUGUGUGAAAAAAUAGCUUAUUUUUUCAAUUAUGUUCAUCUCUAAAGAAGCCUUCAUUUAUACACACAUGAUGAAUUGUGCAACCUGUACAGUCAAUAUAAAUAUAGCUUUAAAGGGGAAGUAAACCUUCAAAUAAAACAAGAGGGCUUGCAUGGAAACAGAAAAAAUCAAAGAGUAAGAUAAAAAAAAGUUUGAGAAAAAUCAGACAAAUAAUGAGAAAGUUGUGAGCAUUUGAAUGUUGUUAUCAUUAGAGAUCCUCCGAUUGGCAAUGCGACAAAGAUUUAUGACAUCACAUGUGAACAACUUUCCCUUUGAUGGACUAUAAGAUACAUGUACCCCCAAAAUGUCCCUUUUUGCUUUUACUUAUGGUGAUACAAUCUUUUCAUCCAUAAUGUAUUCCUUGAAAACAUUACAUUCCCUCUUUAAUAUAGAAAGAAUACAUGAUCUACUAAUAAAUGUGAUAGAAGAGGCAGAUUAAGUGAAAUAUAUACAAAAGUAAUGGGAAAGUUGUUCACAUGUGACAUCACUCUUCUUUGUCACAUUGCCAAUGGGAGGUUUGAUCUAAAUUUCAAAUGCUCAUAACUGUCUUAUUAUUUAUUCAAUUUUUCUCAAACUUUUGUUGAUCUGUUUCUUUGAUUUUUCUGUUUUUGCACAAGCUAUAUUAUUCCAAAGGUUCCAUUAUCAUUUAAGCUAGCAGAGAUCGGAAUAAUUACUUAUAAAGGCUCAUUCGGACAUAGCACAUUAAAGCUAGAGCAAAUUAACCAACAUUGCAAGUAUUCAAUAAGUAGCGAAGUGAUGAAGUGAAUUUCAUGUGCAAGUUGCAUAUAUAGGGGGGGCUCUGUGUCAUGUGAUGCACAGUUGUGGCUGUCUCCAGGUGUCACUGAACAUGGAUAAAGGAUUUUAAACAACAGUAAAAUUCAAUGUAUAUUCUUGGUAUAUAUUUCUUCAUCUAUUACAACUCAUUGGAAAAAUGAAGCAAGUUUAAAGGACAAGUCUACCCCAACAAAAAGUUGAUUUGAAUAAAAAGAGAAAAAUCCAACAAGCAUAACACUGAAAAUUUCAUCAAAAUCGGAUGUAAAAUAAGAAAGUUAUAACAUUUUAAAGUUUCGCUUAAUUUCACAAAACAGUUCUAUGCACAUCCUGGUCAAUAUGCAAAUGAGGGGACUGAUGACAACACUCACUAUUUCUUUUGUAUUUCAUUAUAUGAAAUAUGAUUUAUUCCCAUUUUCUCCUCAUUGUCCUUGAAACAAAAGUUUCAUUCCUCCCUGAACACGUGGAAUUACCAUUGCCUUAACAUUUUAUGGUUCAGUCAAGUUGGUCCUUAUCAAAUCUGUAAAAAUUGAAAUAUUCUAUAUUUCAAACAAUAAAAAACAAAAGAAAUAGUGAGGGACAUCAUCGACUCACUCAUUUGCAUGUCAUUGAGUUGUGCAUAUAUAUCUGUUUUGUGAAAAAUAAACGAAACUUUAAAAUAUGUCAUAACUUCUUUAUUUUACAUCCGAUUUUGAUGAAAUUGUCAGCAUUAUGCUUGUUUGAUUUUUUUCUAUUUAUUACAAUCAACAUUUUUCUGAGGUGGACUUGGCCUUUAAAAGGGAAAGUCUACCCAAACAAAUAAUUGAUCUGCAUUAUAAAAGAGAAAAAUGUAAUUAGCUUAGCACUGAAAAUGUCAUCAAAUUGGAUGUAAAAGUAAGUAAUGACAUUUCAAUUUCACAAAUCGAAUUUUUGUUGUUGUGGUCUACCCCUUUAGUUAUAUGAAUGUCAGGAAUUUGCAUGUGAUCAUUUUCUUGUUAACUUCUGUUGCCAUGGCUGUAGGACUGUUCAUACUUGUAUGAAUUGUUUCCUAAGGGACAAACUUUCUAAAAUACAUACAUAUAAAAGGGUAUCUUAUUAAAAUAUUUAUAUUGAAGGUAUAGGAUCUGGUACCUACAAUGUUUUUUUUUUUUGUAAAAAUGUCCGAUAGAAAAGUUUGGGGUUUUUUUUUUUGGGGGGGGGGGCUCUUCCCCCCGCCAACUACAUGUACAUGUACAGUCAUGUCUGUAGCUGUUAUUUACCCGUAGGUUAAAUAAUUUUGUCAUGUGGACUUGAAAAAUGGUAUAUAAAUUAAUGUUUAACAAUUGUACUCAAUAAUUUGGUUCAAGAAGUCAUAUUCAAAAUGCAAGAACAUGAAUUUCAUGUUUAGAAGCAGUGGUGGACCGUUACCCGGAGGAGACAAAGCAUUGGAGGGGCACAGCAUUGUUCACAAACAAUACAGUGCCCCUCCAAUUAUUGUCUCCUCAGGGUCACAGUCCGCCACUGUUUAGAAGAGAGAAGGGAGGAUUAAACCAGUCAUUCCCAAAAUAUGCUGCUCACACGACAGUUUAAAAUUUAACUACUGUAUAUGAUUGCAUAUAAAUUGGUCAUAAAGUGGAGUAUACAAAUUUUGUAGAAUCUCAAGUUAUUUAAGACACAGUAGUCAAGGAAUGAUGUAUGACUGUAGAUAAUGACGUAUGUUUCGAUGCAAUUCUUGUGUGUAGAAAAUAUUACUAUAUGAAAUUGAAGUGCAAUAGCUACAUGUAUCUAUGUAUAUGUAUAAUACGUACAAUAUUCAGUCCUGAAAGGGUUCAUGUACGUGUACUCCAGGCUGAAAAUGAUAUCUUAAUUCUCAAAUAAAUAGAGUAAAAUUCAAUGAGCAAAAUGCUGAAAAUUUCAUUAAAAAUAUAUUUACUGGUAGUCUGUCACGUAUACUUUAUUACCUGAAAUCGUAAUCAUUUCAUACAUACAUGUAUGUAAAACAUGUCUCCCUUCAUAUAAUAAGUUUUAGCAAUGAUCAUCUUGCACAGUAAAUCAGAAGUCCUUCCUAUUUUCACAUUCUUGGAGUACAGAAUUUGAAUAAACAGUUUAAAAUCAAACAAAAAGAUUGAUUGGGAGACGAUUAUGACAUCAGCUUGCUUAUUGCAUAUUUAUAAUUAUAAUCUAUAUAGAGCGUUAUAGCCAUACAUUAAACGCAUAUUUUGGUCUGCAUCAAUUGCCUGUGCAGUAUCAGAGCAUAUCUUUAAAAUGACCGAAAUCCGACGAAUAUCCCAUAGGCUCCUGUACAAGAUUUACCAUUGAGUAUGAGACCAUAUUCAAGUAUAAUGCGCAUGCGCGAAUGUGUGAAAUAUACAACAUGUACAACAAUGAAAGCAAUGCGAUGCGCAGCAUAGAUCACAAUUACACUCAAUGAGUCUUAAUGAAGUACAUGUAAGUCGCAUGUCAAUGACCAAAAUUGAUACUUAAGUGAUGAUGCCAUAAUGUGACAAGUGAUAUGACUUGUUAAAUCAAAUUUCUCCCUUUUUUGUGGGGGGUUGUAUAGAUGAUAAUAAUUAUAUUGGAUGGCUUUAUUUCAUGAAAUACCAGAAAUAUUCCACUUGAUAGGUCAAUAUUCCACUCAUCUGCGAUUUGUGGAAUAUUUUCCCAAACUCUUGGAAUAUUUAUAUAUACCAAAACUUUGGAAUAUGACUACUUCCUCAUCCAAUUUUAAUGAAGUUUUCAGUCUUGUUUAUCUAAAUGUUCAGAUUAUAAUGUUCAGCCUGAUGUACCCCUUUAACACACUGGGUGAUUUCAAGAAUGAUGUUAUGGUAACUAACACCAGGCAAACACCAAACACAGCACCAAACAAGAUGAAGAAAUUGAGGUCUUAAGUCACUGCACCUGCAAUGUACAAGAUGCUGAGCUAGCCAUAAUGUGAUUUGUGUUAUUAUCAUAGGCCCACAUUUGGUGUUAAGAGUAAGAAUCAACAAUGCAAUCAUUGAAACUACCCAGUUUUGUUCAGUAAGAAUGUUUCACGAAACAUCUUGUCAAUUAUUCCUAGACAAUUUUGUUCUGAGCCAAUCAGAUGCAAGGUUUUCAGUAGCUUUUAACGAAUAGUCAUGCUCCUCAGAAAUCCACUCUUGAUUCUCAACAAAUAACUUGUACCACAACUGUGUUUAUAUUUCUAUAGUUGGAAUAAAAAUACUAUCCCCAAAA